ACCAGUGCUGAGAACGUUCCAAGCCCCAUAGCAGAAUGGGGACACUCUUACGACUCCUGGCCUGGACGCUGCUGUCUGCUGGGCUGACAGUUGGUCAAGAAGGACAACAAACCACUCCUCAGUCUGUGACUAUCAUCCCAACCCUGACUAAGAUACCGCUGAUCUCAGGAGUGAGCCCUACUCACAAUGGCCGAGUUUGCAGCACAUGGGGAAACUACCACUUCAAGACUUUUGAUGGGGACGUCAUCCAAGUGCCAUCCACCUGUAACUUUGUCCUAAGCUCUCUGUGCAAGAGCGACUACGAAGAGUUCAACAUCCAGAUGAGGAGGCAAGUGGUGGACGGCCUGCCCACCAUCAGCAAGAUCACCAUGAAGCUGGACGGGACAGUGGUGGAGCUCCUCAAAGACUCAGUCCUCGUCAACAAAAUCAAUGUCAAGCUGCCAUACAGCCAGCUUGGAGUUCUCAUUGAGCCGACCCCCGCUUACAUUAAAAUUACAUCCAAGCUGGGCCUGGUUGCCACGUGGAACAAAGAUGACUCCUUCUUGAUGGAAAUGGACAAAAAAUUCAGAAACCAGACGUGUGGGCUCUGCGGUGACUUUAACGGGGUGCAGACCUAUGACGAGUUCUUUAAAGAUGGAGCAAGAUUAUCUGCAAUUGACUUUGCUAACAUCUGGAGGAUGGACAGCCCCACAGAAGACUGUGAAGAACCUGCACCGUUGCCUAAAAAGAGGUGCAAAACUGUGGAGCUGCAAGAGGCUUGCGCGAAGCUAAUGUCCCAAGAGGCCUUCAGCAGUUGCCAGGACCUGGUGGCCAGCGAUUACCUAAUGAAAGCCUGCGUUUCUGACAUGUGCAACUGCAAAAAGAGCAGCAGCUCUUUUUGCCUGUGUAACACCAUCUCGGAGUACUCGCGACAGUGCGUACACGCUGGUGGACAGCCACAGCAGUGGAGGACCCAGCAAUUCUGCAGCAAAUCCUGUCCCUUUAACAUGGAGUACCAGGAGUGUGGAACCCCGUGCAUCGACACUUGCUCUAACCCACAGAGAAGCCAGAUGUGUGACCAGCACUGUACUGACGGCUGCUUCUGCCCACCUGGGACAAUUUUUGAUGACAUCAAGCAGACUGGCUGUAUCAAAGUAGAACAGUGCUCUUGUACCUAUAAUGGAAGAACAUACAGUCCAGGAGAAUCUUACAGAAGCGGAUGCUCGAAAUGUACAUGUUCUGGGGGUGAGUGGAGCUGUGAGGAACUGGAAUGCCCUGGAACCUGUUUUGUAGAGGGUGGGUCACAUAUCACCACUUUCGACGGAAAAGCCUACAGCAUUAAUGGGCAGUGCUCCUUCGUCCUGGCCAAGCAAUGUGAAGGGACGGAUUUCACAGUACUGGCAGACUUACAAAAAUGUGGCCUAAGCGACACAGAGACCUGUCUGAAGGCUGUGAUCAUCCGAGUCCCAGAUACUAUCAUCUCCAUCCAGUCAAACGGAGCUGUCUCUGUAAAUAGUUUAGCUGCUCCACUGCCACUUUCUACAGAUAAGGUCACCAUCUUCAACCCAUCCACAUUCUACGUCAUUGCCGAAACCAUUUACGGGCUCCAGCUGACGAUCCAGCUGGUUCCAGUCAUGCAGGUCUACAUCACCUUAGACCCCUCAUACAAGGGGACAACCUGUGGUCUGUGUGGAAACUUUAACAAUAUCCAAUCAGAUGACUUCAAAUCCACGAGUGGACUGGUGGAAGGCACCGCAGCAGCAUUCGCCAACACCUGGAAGGCUAGGGCCAGCUGCCCCGAUGUUAAGGGCAGCUUUGAGAACCCCUGCGGUCUUAGCGUGGAGAACGAGCAAUAUGCCCAGUACUGGUGCUCCUUCCUGACAGACCCAAAAGGACCAUUUUCCCAGUGCCAUUCUGAGAUAAGCCCAGACAGUUACAAAGCACAAUGCAUGCAUGACAGCUGCAACUGCGAGAAGAGCGAAGACUGCAUGUGUGCUGCACUCUCUUCCUACGUCUACGCCUGUGCCGUCAAAGGCAUCAUACUCAAAGGAUGGAGAGAAACUGCCUGCAAGAAAUACACCAGCUGCCCAAGCUCAAUGGUGUUUCAGGACAGCAUGACCAGCUGCAAGCGCACCUGCCGCUCUCUCAGUGAGCCUGACUACACCUGCCAGGUAGACUUCUUACCUGUGGACGGCUGCGGUUGUGAAGAGGGAACCUACAUGAACCAAGAAAACCAAUGUGUCCCUGCCACAAGCUGUCCCUGUUACCACAAGGGGGUGGAGGUUGAAGCAGGAAAGACAAUCACCAAGAACGGGGCUACAUGGUAAGGCCUUUGCUGUGUG